UUAUAAAACAGAUCUUAGUUUCUUCUUAUAUGUUACUAGAUUUUCUUUGCAUCUUUAUUUUUAACUUCCCAUAACGUUCUAUCUGUGGUAUUACUAUACAUAUUAUUAGUUCAUGUUGAACAUAACCUUUUUCAUUCGGUGUGUAAUAAAAGACGUCUUGUAAUUUCUUAUAAAAAUGGCUAUUCGUCCAGUAUACAGGCCUACAAUUGUGAAAAAAAGAACAAAAAAGUUCAUUCGUCACCAGAGUGAUCGUUACAGUAAAUUAAAGAGAAACUGGCGUAAACCUAAAGGUAUUGAUAACAGAGUUCGUAGACGUUUUAAGGGACAAUAUUUGAUGCCCAAUAUUGGUUAUGGAAGUAACAAAAAAACUCGUCAUAUGUUGCCAACUGGUUUUAGAAAAGUUUUGGUACAUAAUGUCAAGGAACUGGAAGUUUUAAUGAUGCAAAACAGAAAAUUUUGUGCUGAAAUUGCUCAUGGUGUGAGCAGUAAAAAACGUAAAUCCAUUGUUGAACGUGCUCAACAACUUUCAAUAAGAGUAACUAAUGCCAGUGCAAGGUUACGUUCUCAAGAAAAUGAAUAAAAAUAUUCUUAUUUGAUUUAAUAAUAAAAUAUUUAAAACAAA